GAGAGGACUGAGCGGGUAAUCUCUCUUCUUCUUAUGUAACAAAGAAUCAAGAUCUUCUGAAUUUCUCAACUGGAUAAAGGAAAGUUGUCUAGGGUUUUAGACAGAGAGAGAGAGAGGAGAAAAAUACCCCCCCUUCCCCCUCAAAAAAAAAAAAAAAGGGAACCUUAUUCAGGGUUUUAGACAGAGAGAGAGAGAGAGAGAGAGAGAGAGAGAUGGGAAACUGCUUUUCGGAUGUGCAAGGAGGAAUGCAAGCCGUGGGUGGGGUCCAACAGAGGCCCACAGCGGCCACCACCAUGACCCACAACGAUGGCGGCCACAACGAUGCCGUUGACUUCUUCUACAGGUCUCGGGGGCUCCAGCAACUCUUCACGCAAAUCGAGUGAAUUUGAGAAUGAGACAUUGCCUUGUCGCACUGCCCCCAACUUGUGUGGUUGUGUGGCAUGUCGUGGAGGAAGCAAUCUUGGAAGCAAAGACACUGCUUUGUUAUCGUUGGCCGCAUUUAACUUGCGUGAUCGUGACAUCACUUCAAAGAGUGAUCCCAUGGCAGUGGUGUACGCUAAGAAAAUAGAUGGAAAACUGGACGAGUUAGGUCGCACUGAGGUUGUACUGAAUAGCUUGAAUCCCACGUGGAUAGAAAAAGUUACAGUUGCAUUCCAGUUCGAGAUCAUGCAACCGUUGGUAUUUCAUGUGUAUGAUAUUGAUACAAAAUAUUAUAAUGUACCCGUGAAGACAUUGAAAUUGGAGGAUCAAGAUUUUCUUGGAGAGGCCACUUGUGUUCUAUCAGAGAUAGUGACAAAACAAAGUAGGAGUUUAACCCUAAAUCUCCAUGGCAAAAGUGGGCAUACUGGUUUGAGGAACUUAGGGGUACUCACAAUUCAUGCAGAGGAAUUGGUUGCUUCAAGGAGUGCAGUUGAGAUGAUAUUACGUUGUUCAUACUUGGAUAACAAGGACCUAUUUUCUAAAAGUGAUCCAUUUUUAAGAGUAUCUAGAAUUGUUGAGAGUGGGGGCUCCAUUCCAAUAUGCAAGACUGAGGUGGUGAACAACAAUUUAAAUCCAACUUGGAAGCCCCUAUGCCUGAGUAUGCAGCAGUUUGGAAGUAAGGAUAACCCAUUAAUUAUCGAGUGCUUUGAUUUCAACAGCAGUGGCAAUCAUGUGCUCAUUGGUAAGCUUCAGAAGUCAGUGGCAGACCUGGAAAAACUUCAUAAAGGUAGAAGCGGAGCCAAUCUUAUCUUAACAUCUCAUCAUGGUCAUGAGAAGGUUUUAAAGGGACAGCUGUUUGUGGAUCAAUUUUGCGAGAAGGAACAAUACAGCUUUCUUGAUUACAUUUCUAGUGGAUUUGAGCUUAACUUUAUGGUUGCUAUUGACUUUACAGCCUCAAAUGGAAAUCCUCGGAAUCCAGAAUCUUUACACUACAUCGAUCCUUCUGGCCGGUUGAAUUCAUAUCAGAAGGCUAUAAUAGAUGUCGGGGAGGUCAUUCAGUUUUAUGAUUCUGAUAAGCGUUUUCCUGCCUGGGGCUUUGGAGGAAGAACAUCUGAUGGCACUAUCUCGCAUUGUUUCAACUUGAAUGGAAGUGCGGGUGGCUUUGAGGUCGAAGGAGUUGAGGGGAUCAUGACUGCUUACGCAAGUGCUCUACAUAAUGUAGCUCUGGCAGGACCAACUUUAUUUGGCCAAGUGAUUAACACAGCUGCUCAAACUGCAGGCCAGUCUCUCUCGUACAAUAGCAACAAGUAUUUCGUCUUGCUCAUUAUUACGGAUGGAGUUCUUACUGACCUUCAAGAAACAAAAGACGCAUUGGUGAAGGCAUCUGAUCUUCCUCUAUCAAUUCUUAUAGUGGGGGUGGGAGGUGCAGAUUUUGGACAAAUGGAGGUUCUUGAUGCCGAUAAUGGACAACGAUUAGAGAGCUCUACAGGUCGUGUUGCUACACAUGACAUCGUACAGUUUGUUUCAAUGCGAGAUGUGCAUGGUGGGCGGAUAUCUGUGGUACAGGCUCUUUUGGAAGAGCUACCAGGGCAGUUUUUGACGUACAUGCGGCGUAGAGAUAUCAAGCCACGCCCUCUCCAUGUAGCCCAAACGUCUGGCUUUAACAGCAACCACGAGCCCGUGCUAAUAGAUUGACCUACCUGGAAGGAGCUUUUCAUUCUUCUCUCUUUUUUUUUUUUUCACUCUUGAUAUGUUCAUAAAGCAUUUGAUUGUUUCUCAUAUAAUAUAUGUGAUUUAUAAGUCUACGUUAUAUAUAUAUAUAUAUAUAUAUAUAUAU